AUGGCUCUUUGGGUCAAGCUAACUUUAGCCGCGCUCUUUGUAUUAACAUUUAAUACAUUCUCCGACUUGAGCCACAAGCUCAUUCACGAGACUAGACUUGUCCAAUUCGGCGUUAAACCACAGAAGCCCCCAAUUCGUGACAAACUCGAACCACCUGCCUAUUAUUUUAAGAUCCAACCCUCACGGUGCAUCAUGUCCCCGGAGAGUCGCUUCGACUGCGGCCGCGAUAGAGCGCUGAGUAGGCGGCAGUGUGAAGAGAGGUCUUGCUGUUACUCUCCCCUCAAUGACUCCUCGAAAGCCCCGUGGUGCUUCUACCCUCACUCGUACCCCGGCUAUAAACUGGGGGUGCUGACGCCCACCUUUCGAGGCCAAGCUGCCAGUUUGACGCGGUACACUCCCUCUUACCUGUCCCAGGAUGUGCCCAGUCUUCACCUGGAAGAAACCCACGAGUCUGCAGGCUGCUUGCAUCUCACUUUGAAGGAUCCAUGGUCCAGUCGGUAUGAAGUUGAGCUCCCAGGUGAAUUCCAGAAGGGCAAAACCAGUAGCCAAGAAGCUCUUUAUAAAAUAGAGUACCAGUCCAACCCAUUUGGAUUCAUUGUAAGGCGUGCGUCUAAUGGAAGAGUCAUUGUGAAUAGUACGGUGGCCCCUCUACUGUUUGCUGACCAGUACCUGCAGCUGUCGACCACUCUGGCCUCCUCACUAGUGUCAGGCCUCGGGGAGCAUUACACAUCUCUACGCCUCGACCUUAACUGGACCUCCUUGACUCUGUGGAACAGGGACAUGGCUCCUCAUGCUGGUGCAAACCUUUACGGCUCGCACCCUUUCUACGUGGUACAGGAGGAAGAUGGAUUGGCGCAUGGGGUGUUCCUUCUCAACAGCAAUGCCAUCGAGGUGAUCUUGCAGCCUCUGCCAGCUCUCACGUGGGUUUCCACAGGGGGAAUCCUAGAUUUUUACAUUUUCAUGGGUCCGGACGCUCAGACUGUUAUACAACAAUACCUACAAGUUAUUGGUUAUCCCAUGAUGCCUCCCUAUUGGUCAUUGGGCUUCCAUCUGUGUCGCUGGGGCUACAAAAGCACGAACAUAACACGGCAGGUGGCUCAGCGGAUGCAUGAUGCUAACUUCCCCAUGGAUGUGCAGUGGAAUGAUCUUGACUAUGCAAAUGAAGGCAGGAUCUUCACCAGUGACCCCUUGCAAUUUGGGGACCAUAAAGAGAUGGUGGAUGAAUUCCACCAAAAAGGCAUGAAGUACAUCCUCAUCCUGGAUCCUGGUAUCAGCACAACAAGUCCUCCUGGAACGUACCAUCCCUUCGAUGAUGGACUCAAACGAGAUGUAUUUAUAAAAAAUACUACAGGUCAACUCCUAAUUGGGAAGGUGUGGCCCGGUCCGACGGCCUUCCCUGACUUCACCAAUGCGGAGACCAGACAGUGGUGGGAAGACUGCAUCAUGGAUUUUUAUUCCAAAGUGCCAGUGGAUGGAUUAUGGAUUGAUAUGAACGAACCAGCCAGUUUUGUGUCGGGUUCAAUGGACGGUUGCCCUGACACAGAGCUUGAGAGCCCGCCAUACACACCCAGGGUGAUCGGAGGCCGCUUAAGCGCGUUCACUAUUUGUAUGUCGGCUCGGCAAAACAAGUCAACUCACUACAACCUGCACAACAUGUACGGACUGACAGAAGCCUUCACCACUCACAGUGCCCUAAUGAAAGCACGAGGGAAGCGGCCAUUCGUCUUGUCUCGUUCCUCAUUCCCAAGCAUCGGGCGCUUUUCUGGAGUUUGGACAGGAGAUGUUAGAAGCGACUGGGAGCAACUUACGUAUUCUAUUCCUUCGGUGCUUAAGUUCAGCCUCUUCGGAGUGCCACUGGCGGGGGCAGAUAUCUGCGGCUUUGGAGGCGACACCACCGAAGAGUUGUGUGUGCGAUGGAUGCAACUCGGGGCUUUCUACCCAUUUAUGAGAAACCACAAUGACCGGCCAUACGCUUCCCAAGAGCCUUACAUUUUCGGGGAGAAGGCCCAAACAUCCAUGAGGGAUGCGCUGAACCUUCGUUACUCUCUCCUCCCGUUUCUCUACACGCUUUUCCAUCACGCACAUACCUCUGGCAACACAGUGGCCAGGCCUUUAUUCAUGGAGUUUCCUGCUGAUCCUCAGUGUCGUGUCAUAGACCGCCAAUUCCUCUGGGGGAGUUCACUCCUCAUCAGCCCGGUCUUGGAGGAGGGUGCAGCGGAGGUUGCUGCUUAUCUGCCAACCGGCAUUUGGUACAGUCUGCACAAUGGUCAGCCAUUGUACAGUAAAGGCGAGUACCGCCUCCUGUCGGCACCUCUGGAUACCAUAAACAUCCAUGUGAGGGGGGGGUAUAUUGUGCCUCAGCAGGAGCCUGCUUUAACGACAACAGUCUCCCGCCGAAACCCUUUCCUGUUGACUGUGGCUCUCUCAGCGGAAGGCUUGGCUCAAGGUGACUUGUUCUGGGAUGAUGGUGACAGCAUUGACACAUUCCAAACAGGAAGUUACUGUUAUGUUGCCUUCACUGCCAGACAGUCCCAGGUUGUCAGUAAGCCCAUCUGGCUGAAUGGAGCCCUGGAUGGUCUUGUAAUGGGGGGCAUGCAGGUUUUCGGGCUGCCCAAACAACCUCAGUAUGUGGUAGCGAAUGGGAAGAAAGUAAAGGAUUUUACAUAUAACAGCGAAAGUAAGGUUUUAAAAGUGAGCCAGCUGGAUUUGCCCAUGUCAAAGAUGUUUACUGUCCAGUGGGCACUGUGA